AUGUCUUCGGCGUCUGUCCAUGCUGGCAGCCAUCCAAAUCAUCUCCAGUCGUCUCCACCCUAUCCACCAUCCCACAACGACCUCUCCUACUAUGAUCAACGAUCACCAAAUGCCGACAACUAUUACGGCACUACAUCCACGAGCGGUAAUGGACGACGUGCGCCACAACAAGAGCAGCGAUCUUAUGAGUACUCGCCUCAAUCGCAGCAGGUGCCUUCGCAAGGAGAACAUUCAAUACCGUACCCCCCGCGAGAACAACGAGAGCAAUACGAUGGCCCUGCACCCGUUCCGCCGCCGCGGACUUCUUCCCAGCAACAAUCAUCUUCGCAUCCCGUCGCACCGUCAACGGCGCCACUAGAAGCACGAGUCGCUGCCUCAAGACACGCUCGACAAACUGCGGAACAAUACAGCAGAAAUUCUCCCCAUCAAAGAGACGACGGCACUGCCGGAACUUCUUCCUCUUCGCGGUCACGAAGAAAAAACCCGAACAGCCCAGAUACUCCUCAGCGCUCGACUAGUGUAAAAGAUGCCACAACAAGUCGAGCAGAAGGCUCAUCUCAUGCCAAUGCACCUGCCCCUCUUGUCCGCGAGUACAGCGAGGUCAUCAACCGUGUUGUAGUGUCCGAUCCUCGAGUCGAUGCAGAGCGCAUGCAAGAACGCGUGGCAGAAGCCCAUCCUGUCUCAGGACCCCAGAUCGAUCUUACGGGAGCCCUACCACCUCCCAGCGAAGACGUUGGACCCGGUCCUGCUAGGAGACAAGACUAUUCGAAGUCGUCCUCCCGGCGGAAAGAUGUUCAAUUUGGUGAUUAUGUCCUCGGUCAGACUUUGGGCGAGGGCGAAUUUGGCAAGGUCAAACUUGGUUGGAAGAAAGAUGGGAGUUCUCAAGUCGCCAUCAAACUCAUUAGGCGUGACAGUGUUCAAAACCAUCCCGGACGGCUACCGAAAAUCUAUCGAGAGAUAUCAAUUUUGCGCGAACUCGCCCAUCCGAAUAUUGUUCGAUUGCACGAAAUGGUGGAGACCGAGAGGCACAUUGGCAUUAUUCUCGAAUAUGCGUCUGGUGGAGAGCUUUUCGACUACAUCUUGAAUAAUCGGUACCUCAAAGACCCUGCUGCGAGAAGACUAUUUGCCCAGCUUGUAUCCGGCGUGGGCUAUUUGCACAAAAAGGGCAUCGUUCAUCGGGAUCUGAAACUGGAAAAUCUACUCCUAGAUCAGAAUCGGAACAUCAUCAUCACCGACUUUGGCUUCGCCAACACCUUCGAUGCGAAAGACUUGCUUAGCGAUGAGAUCGAGUACAAUCUCACGAACAAGGAUUUCGUCCGUAAGAUGAAGCUCGACCGGCUAGACGCCAGAGGUUUGCGCCGUGGAGAUCUAAUGCAGACAAGUUGCGGCAGCCCUUGCUAUGCUGCCCCUGAAUUGGUGGUUAGUGACUCACUCUACACUGGUCGCAAAGUGGAUGUUUGGAGUUGUGGUGUCAUUCUAUAUGCAAUGUUGGCUGGAUACCUACCCUUUGACGACGAUCCAGCAAAUCCUGAAGGCGACAACAUUAAUCUACUGUACAAAUACAUCACUACGACGCCCCUAACCUUCCCCGAAUAUGUCUCACCACACGCAAGAGAUCUAUUACGACGUAUCCUUGUGCCCGAUCCGAGAAAGCGUGCCGAUCUAUUCGAAGUUGCGAGACACAGCUGGCUGAGCGAGUAUCACCAUGUGGUCUCGCACAUCACCAGCAGCACCACCAAUAUCGCAGAUAUCUCAAACAGCACCGUUGCAAGCGACUCUAUGAACGAACCCGCGAUGCACCGGAGUGCAUCUGUACGUGAGCCCUCAAAACAUGCUCCGCAAGCUACUCCGACAAUUGAACUUGCCAAGACUCCAGAAGUCGAUGAGCAAGAUCAGACCUCGUCGAGCUCCAGGAGAACGCGGCACACUCUGCAAGCCGAGUAUGUUCCGCCGCAUACUCACACGACCCGAGGCCAAGACCCUGCCUCUGUCACCGCAGCAGAAUAUGCCCGAAAGAGAGGCGACGACAAGCACACCCCUACAACCCAGUCGCCGGUCACUUCGAAGCCUCUACCUCAAGAACCACGAUCCCAAUUGGACAAGAUGCUUCCGCCGACACGGCCUGGUCGGGAUGUGCCAAGAUCCGUCUCGGAUUCGACGGGUGCAUUUGCUGGGCAAGGUCAACAGCAGCCGCGGCCAAGCACGCAGGGCUCGAUGGCUUCACGAGAACCUACGAGAUCCGAUCUGAGAUUGCCAUCGAGGGGUUCUUAUGGCCAGCCUGUGGCUCCGACUGUUGCAACUACGAAUGCCCAGGGGCGUGUAACGCAACCAGCCAAGGCGCCUCGGGGCUAUAAUAUCACCGGUCCUGCAUCACCAGUCACUCACCAGCAGCAACAAUCAAUCGGACAGCCCAUGACCCAAACAAUGCCGCAGCCAGUCACACAGCCCCAAAAGAACCAUCACCGCAGAUCGAGCACAUUGAGCGGCCUGGGAGAGAGACUCUUUGGCAGAUCUCCAUCUGUGCGCAAGACUGAUGAGGAGAAGCCGAGUAGAAAGGAUCGCAAAUAUCCUCCUCCGAGCAUGAAGCCUUUGCCUCAGGAUGGACAUAUGGACUAUCAACCGAGGCAAUCGACCGAUUCUAAGCGCUCUUUCUCAUUCGGGCUCGGCAAGAAGAAGAGCACCGAUUUGGAAUCACAGACUGAAAGACCUCAAGGUCGUCGAUUUUCGCUCCUGCCAGCUUCAAUGUCGUUCAAAGGCAUGAUGGGAGGUGGCAACAGGGACAGUGCGCAGCCAUCUUCUGCGACCCUUGCUCCGCAGACGCAGGAUCAGCCAUGGUCAUCGAGACCCGGUACGCAACCGAGUCAAGCCUCGGCGCCGCAGGCACCAAGCUACGACGGUCAGCAAGACCAGAUGCAAUACAACAACUUCUCCCGCCCUCCACAUGCUCAGUAUCGACCGCAGCAGGCUGCACAACAUUCGUCCCCAAUGUCGUCCCCACAACAACAGCAAUCUUGCGAUGUGUAUGGCGGUACCGGAGUGUUCAACAACCAGCCGCAGAGUCGCUCGCAUGCCCGCGGCGCAAGUCAGCCGAUGGCUGGGUAUGCCUAUCCUGAACCCGCAAGUGCGAACAAUUCGCGGACGUCGAUGCAACAGCCGCGCCAACAACGCGGUGUGCUUGUGAAGCCAAAUCGCAAGUUCACGGAUGUGUAUGAUGAUCAUCCACAAGGGCAUGGCGGCAGCUCUGGGGCUGUUCGCAAAGUCCAAGACUUCUUCCGACGGAGAGGGCGUGCAAGAGCGGAUUCCGAAUACCGAUAG